CCUGCGAAGCUGUCAUUCAAUACUUCGUACGCUUUCCAAUGCCUGGUGCUGUAUGAUAACGAACUCUUACCUUCGACAAAGCCAUUCAAGUUUUCAUCCGAUGGCGGAACUAUCCUUUCUAGCAGCGUCAUACUGACCGAGCUAUCCGCACUAUAG